ACGCUUCUUCUCCAGCUAACGCGCGGCUUCUACGCCAGCUCACAUAGUUCAAGCUGAUCAAUCUUGUACUGUACGGCGCAUUUACCACCCUGACGAUCAAUGCUGGGUAGCCGUUCUGCCAUGCAUCUUCGAGUCCAUAUCCUUGAAGCAUACCAGGAUGACAUGAUAGCUGCCCACCUCGGUUUACAAAACACCUGCGAUCGCAUUCGAAACCGCUGCUAUUGGCCUGACCAUUCUUCUAGUGCAUCGAGGAGGAAACAAAUUGCUUUGUUUUUCGAACACCGCACAUCAUUAUACACUGAAUUUCUUCUCAUAAUAUAUUGGUGAAACAAAGGGAGAACUAAUGGUGCUGCUGCUGAUGAUUGUCCUAUUUACAACCGAUGUUUCACAGAUCACAGCAUCCGGUGAUCAGAACCAGAGGAAUUCUACCGCGCCAACAGAACCUGACGGAAAAUCUUUAGCUCCACGGAUACCUUUACAAAAAGUUAUGCGGUUUCUUCAAACUUAUGAAGAAAUUCAUCUACAAAUGAUUCACCUAGAGGACUGGAUGAACCUCAGAUGCGAAUGUGUGAAGUCUAGGUUCCAAGCAAGACAUACCGAUGGAUGUGAAAGGACCAUGGACUGCUAUACGUGGGAGAAGGUCUCAACCGGAAGAGAGACGAUGAUAAGAGAAGAAGGCUGGGUUGACUUCCAGGUUACUAGCAUACGUGGGUUGACGAGCGUCGAUCUGAAGACCAUAGUAGGGAUUGAGCCAACCGAAGAUGCACCCGAAGAGUUUCCUCAUACUUACCUUGUGUUGAGGGCUCAAAGAAAUUGUAUGCUUGUCUCAUAUGGUCAAUCAAGUAAUGGAACGCAAAGGUGUCUGCUAUGGGGAUUAUCUGGACGCCAAGUUAGCAAAGGAACUCAAUGCUAUCAGGCCCUCAAUUCGUUUUGCGCUCCAGACAUAUACGAUAUGACGGAAACUGCCAGUCCGUGCGAGCAAUACGAUCUUGAUGAAAACACGUGGAAAGAAAGCACAGCAGCAUGAGAAAAGACAUCAGCACCAGGUCCACCAAAUUGUUGAAAAUAAAAAAAAAACUUGUCUGUGUGCCCACAGC